AAAAUGCAAAGUGACGUUCCCCCCCUGCCCAUAUCAUGUUUAACGACUAAUAUACGCGUCUAUAGAAAUAGUAAUUUAACACCGGAACUUACAGCUCAGGAAAGUACAUUAAAUCCAUUUUAUAAAAGCAGACAAAGUGCAUUAUUGGCAUCAAAUAAAAAAAAAUUAUGCCCUAUAAUUGCCGAAUCGAGUCCUAGUCCUUAUAAGAAUAGCGCACAUUUUAAUCCUCCCGAUAUCGCCAAGUCACCAAGGAAAAGUGUAAUUCGUCAGCGUAUCUCGUCCGCAAAAAUGCUACGUAUAAAACAAUUGCAAAACCAAUUAGCCGAUGCCCAUUUCCAUUUAAACGAAUUAUCGAAUGAAAAUAAGUUACUUAAAGUAAUUCAAAAAAGGCAGGACACGGCUUUGAAACGAUAUGAAGGAACAAAUGCCGAAUUACCAAGAAUCAUUCACUCUCAUCACGAAGAUCUAAGAGUUCUUCAGACUAAGUUCAAAAAACUGAAAUGCCAAUACAAGGAAACGAGUGAUGUAUUAAAAGACAAAGAAAAUGAGCUGCAUUCCUUGCAGAUUCAAAAUAAGAAACUUUUGCAAUUGAGUAAGGAUCGUCAGUUAAGAGAAAGGGAAAAGCUACAGACUCAAGUACUAGAUUUAAAUCAUAGAAUAGAUCAACAGGAUGAAAUAAUUCAGACGUUGAAACGUAAACUCGCGCUGGAAAGUAAAUAUUUGAAGCAUCAACUACACAAAGAAAUUUUAAAACACAAGGAAACGCAAAAGCAACUUCAAGAUACUCAAUUUAAACUUAAGACUUUAGAAGAAUUAACAGAACAAAGAGAAAGAAAGUCUUACCAAUCAAGUCGUAUUGCAUUUUUUAAUAAAAACAGGUCAACAACGACAAGUCAAUCUCUUACAAAUUUAAGCGAAAGUAGAUCGGAAAAUUUAAUAAAGGCACAGAGCUUUAGGAGGCGUUCAAGCGAGACGGCAACGGGACAAUCUUUACCUGCUCUUCACGGGGCGACUUUAUUAUCAGGAAGUCGUUUUCAAAAUUCCCAUAAAUUAGCACCAUUUUCCAUUCCCAAAAGUAAUAUUAGAGAUUCGCCGAUAAAAGAGUCUCGAUUGGAAGAAAUCGAUAUUACGGACAGUCAAGUGGAUUUAUACUUAGGUUUGGAGGAUGUUAAAAAAAUAUCUGAGCUUCCGAAAGCACUGAAACAAGAAUUUCAUUAUCCAAGCCACGAUGAUAGUAGAGACGAGGAUGACAUUUUACAUAAAUUGGACAUCAGUCAGUCUUCAAAUUUUACAAAUGGCUCAAGGCUAUUGUAUACAAGGUUUCACAGCUACAAAAUAUUGGUUAACUCUGCCGCUGACGAUAUACGCACAAGUAACAUGGAAACUACAAAUGGAUCACUUUCUCUUUCAAAGGAUAAUAAUAGUGAUAUUGAAAAUAAAGAGAUAAAGUGCGAUCACGAUUCGGUUGUUACGGUAGUUUCAAAAGUUUUAUUAAAGGCGGAUGUUGAUGUGACUAGAGGUUACAGUAACAGUAAUUUAGAGAGUCAGAUUGAAAUACCCAUUGAUUUAAAUAUUGGCAAAGAUAGAAUUGAAGAAAAAUCGGACAUUGAUAUAGGGAAUUUGGAAUUGAAGAAAAUCAAAACACCGUCCAAUUUAUCGAAGUUACUGAACAAAGUUGAUCAAUAUUAUAAUAAUUCGCUCGACUGCAUCGAAGGUAAUGAUUUGUCAAAAUUAAAUUUAGCCGUUGAUAACGACGAGAUUAAGUUAACGUCAUUAAGUAGUUCUUUGAUUGAUUAUCAUCCUGCGGACGAUGCGCAAGAUCAAUUGUCAAAAAAUUCUAUAGAAUAUUCGAAGGCAACUUUGAGCAGUUAUAUUUAUAAAAAUGACAAUUCAAAAGUAAAUGAAACAAAAUUUGUCGGUAAUGAGGCGAUUAACGGUAGUAACGCAGAAAAUAAUUCGUCAAAUAGUGAACAAAUAUUCGACAUUACUGAAGACAACAAUUCACAAGAAUCUAAAAAGUACGUUAAGCAUUAUGAUUCCAAUGGCAAAGCAAAGCAUAAUCAUUUAGAAAAGUUGAAGAAUAAAACGGAACGAAAGACUGCUGAAGAAAAUACAAAGAUUUUUGAUAAAGCCAAAUUAUUAGCAGCUAUGAAAGCGAUCGACGACAACGAAAACGUAGAAUUUAUUAAUAAAAAAAUACAAAGAAACAGUAUGAUUAAUCAGUUUAAAAUUGCAGAAAAUUUGUAUAGUAAUGUACCUGCACAUUCGAGAAAAAAAAGUGAUAUUAUGAAUGAGAUAUUUUCAGAUACAAAAUUAGACAAUAAUAAGAAUAGUAAUGAAUAUUGAAACUGAUGGCUUAUAGGUACACUAAUUUUUAUGAAUUCACUAUCGUGAUCUGCUGAAUGUAGGUUCAACCUAACGA